AUAGCCCGAGAGAAAAUAUGGUUUUUGAAGUCAACCAGGCUGGCCAGUGGACAACAUGAAAUGAAUUCUAUAGUUGUAAACAUCGUCCUCUACGAACUCCUUUGUUUCGGAGUGACUUAGAAAAAGAAGAAGAAGAAGAAGACGGCAAGAGAGAGAAGAAAAGCAUAUCAUAUCGGAGAAAGUAGCAGUGAUGGUGAUGGAGUCACCGUUCAGAGCUGACAUGGCUAAGGGUAAGGUGGCUCUGAUAACCGGAGGAGCUUCUGGUAUUGGUUUGGAGAUUUCCACUCAGCUCGGCAAACAUGGAGCUUCCAUCGCCAUCAUGGGACGAAGAAAACAAGUCAUUGACUCUGCUGUCUCUGAUCUCCGAUCACUCGGGAUUUCGGCUGUUGGUUUUCAAGGAGACGUUCGUAAACAAGAAGAUGCAAAAAGAGUUGUGGAUUCAACUUUUGAGAACUUUGGUAGAAUUGACAUACUUGUCAAUGCUGCAGCAGGGAACUUCCUUGUUUUAUCAGAAGACUUGUCCCCUAAUGGAUUUCGAACAGUUAUGGAUAUUGAUUCAGUUGGGACUUUCACAAUGUGCCAUGAGGCACUAAAGUAUCUAAAGAAAGGAGGAUUAGGGAAGAGCUCAUCUGGUGGUGGACUAAUCUUAAACAUUAGUGCUACUCUGCAUUAUACAGCUGCUUGGUAUCAAAUCCAUGUUUCAGCAGCCAAGGCAGCUAUUGAUGCCAUUACAAGAAACUUGGCAUUGGAGUGGGGGACUGAUCAUGACAUCAAAGUCAAUGUGAUAGCACCUGGUCCUAUUGCUAAUACUCCUGGAAUGGAUAAACUCGCACCAAAGGAAAUGGAAACCAAAACAAAUGACUACCUUCCUGUGACUAUGGCUGGGGAGAGUUGGGAUGUGGCUAUGGCUGCUCUUUAUCUUGUUUCAGAUGCAGGUAGGCACAUAAAUGGAGCUAAUAUGGUGGUUGAUGGAGGACAAUGGCUGAGCCGCCCCCCUCAUCUGCCGAAAGAGGCAGUAAAGAAGCUUUCAAGAGCUGUGGAGAAGAGGUCUAGAGCUGCACCAUUACUCCCAAGGAGCAAAAUCUAAGCCACAUAGCAAAUAUAGUAAAAUAUAGGAUGAACCACAAAUACUAUGCAAAACUUCUAAAUAAGCUUAUAAAGGGCUUAAUUAGAUGCUUAAAUAAAUUCAUUAGCUCUUGUAAGAGGUUGGAUUGUAUUUUGGUUGCAAUAAUAUAUUCGUUUUCGUUUUA